AUGCAAUGUCUCUACUGUUUCCUGGGAUUUCUGCUUUUGGCUGCAAGACUGCCACUUGAUGCUGCCAAACGCGUUCAUGACGUGCUGAGCAAUGAAAGACCUUCUGGUUAUAUGCGGGAGCACAGGCAAUUAAAUGGCUGGUCAUCAGAUGAAAAUGACUGGAAUGAAAAACUCUAUCCAGUGUGGAAGAGGGGAGACUCGAGGUGGAAAAACUCUUGGAAAGGAGGCCGUGUGCAGGCAAUUCUGACCAGUGAUGCACCAGCACUGGUUGGCUCAACUAUAACAUUCGCGGUGAACCUGGUAUUCCCCAGAUGCCAACAGGAAGACGCCAGUGGCAACAUAGUCUAUGAGAAGAACUUCAGAAAUGAUACUGGUCCAUCUCCUGACCCAUAUGUUUACAACUGGACACCAUGGACAGAGGACAGUGGCUGGGGAAAUGGCACCAGACAGGGCCAUCACGGGAAGCCUUUCCCUCACCCCCGAAAAUGGAAUUUCGUCUAUGUGUUCCACACACUUGGUCAGCAUUUCCAGAAAUUGGGACAGUGUUCAGUGAGAGUUUCUAUAAACACAGCCAAUGUGACUCUUGGCCCUCAAAUCAUGGAAGUAACUGUCUAUAGAAGAUACCGACGCGCAUACGUUCCCAUAGCAAAAGUGAAAGAUGUGUAUGUGGUAACAGAUCAGAUUCCUGUAUUUGUGACAAUGUCCCAGAAGAACAAUCGAAAUUCAUCUGAUGAAACCUUCCUCAAGGACCUCCCCAUUACGUUCGAUGUCCUGAUUCAUGAUCCCAGCCACUUCCUCAGUGAGUCUGCCAUUUACUACAAGUGGAACUUUGGGGAUAAUACUGGUCUGUUUGUUUCCAACAAUCACACUUUGAACCACACCUAUGUUCUCAAUGGAACCUUCAGCCUCAACCUCACUGUGCAAGCUACAGUGCCUGGACCUUGUCCUUCACCUUCACCCAGACCUCCAAACACCACCGCUUCUUUGGACUCUCCUGUACCUGCUGGUGACAAUGCCCUGGAGCCGAGGGAGAUUCCUGAUAAAAACUGCCAUAUUAACAGAUACGGCUACUUUAAAGCCACCAUCACAAUUGUAGAGGGAAUUCUAGAGGUUAACAUCAUCCAGGUGACAGAUGUCCUGAUGCCCGUGCCACAGCCUGACAACCCCCUGGUGGAUUUCGUCGUGAACUGCCAAGGGAGCAUCCCCACAGAGGUCUGUACCGUCAUCUCCGACCCCACCUGCCAGGUCACUCAGAACACAGUCUGCGACCCUGUGGACAUGGAUCUGGGCGACAUGUGCUUGCUGACAGUGAGAAGAGCCUUUGGUGGGUCUGGGACAUACUGUAUGAACCUCACUCUGGGUGAUGAUGCAAGCCUGGCCCUCACGAGCACCCUCGUCUCUAUCCCUGGAAGAGACCCAGACUCCCUUUUAAGAAUGGCAAAUGGUACCCUGGUCUUCGUUGGCUGCAUGGCCAUAUUUAUCACUGUGAUCGCCCUUUUGGUGUACAAAAAACACAAGGAAUACAAACCAAUAGAAAACAGCACUGGGAUCGUGGUCAGAGGCAAAGGCCUGAAUGUUUUCCUCAAUUGUGCAAAGAUGCUCUUCCCCGGAAACCAGGAAAAAGAUCCACUGCUCAAGAACCAACCGGGAAUGCUUUAA